AGCCUUUAUUUCUGUUAAUUAUGACUAUUUUCCACUUGUAGCUAAUGAAAAUAUGACAUUAAAGAUCAUAUUACAUCAUACCAAUAAAAAUAUAUUUUUUUAAUACACAAAUGUGGGCUUCCUGAAAAAUAUGUUUACUACCUGCUUAAAGGUUGUUAUUUUCAUAAGGAACUUUUAACCUUACAAAUGAUCCUCAUUGGAAUGCAUAUAUUAAUUUAUUAAAUAUGACUCAGUGCUUUGAUAAAUAGAAAGAUGUUAACGUUUAAUCAGGUCUUCUUGUGUUUUAAUGUGUGUUCAGCUUUGUGGUGCAUACAAAUUCAUGCUGUCAAAUGUGUUCGAUCAGAAGCCACUCAUUGCCUAGCUGUAGAAUUUUGAAAAUGUUUCCUGACAGAACAACUGGAGUGGUGUGAUACACUGCCUGGUCUUCAGCUUUAAUGCAUCUGUUUGUCACAAUAAUGCUUUUGGCAUUUAAUUAUUUCCAAAUAAUUUGCCUCUGAUGAUACGAAGUAGGUCACUCCAAACAAAAUUCUGAGAAAAUAUGGAAUUUUGGCAACAUUGUAGUUUUAUAAUUGUACUUUAAAUAUUUGCUGCUUUCUAUGACACAAACAGUAGGCCUAAAUGCAUAACUGUUGACACUAAAAUGAGAAAAAUCUAGUUUUAUUAUCUUAAGCAAAAGAUUUACAGUGCCUUGCAAACACAUUCAUAUCUCAAAUAUGUUGCAUUGCCACCACAACUUCUAUUAGGACAUUUUGUGAUAGAUCAAGCCUGUGAAUGACUGUAAAGUUGGAAGAUACUUAGUUUUCAAAUAUAUUUUAAGUAAAAUAUGAAAAGUGUGGCAUACAUAUGUUUUCUUUCCCUUUGGGUCAAUACUUUGUAGAACAACCUUUUUCAGCCUACAGUUGCAUAUCUUUCAGGGGUAUGUCUCUACCAGCUUUGCACAUUUAGACACUGUACUUGACCAGCCUGUUAGUUUAGGUUGAUGGCUAUGUCUUUGUGCUAUACUCUUUCUGUUUCAGGGUGAUGGAUUGUUGGACAAUUUUCUAUGAUGUGUUCAAAGCUUGGGAUAUUGUUUUAAAACUUGACUUCACUUUAAAUGUCUCCACAAGUCUUUCCAUGAUCUUACUGCUGUGUUCUUUGGUCUUCACUAAUGUUCUCUGACCUUCAAAGAACAGCUGGAUUUAUACUGAAAUUGAAAUACCUACAGAUAGAUUUUGCUUACUAAUUAUGUGACUUUUGAGGGCAAGUGGUGGCACUGGAUUUUAUUUUACGGUAUCAUAGCGAAGAGGCCACAGUUUGUUUUUAUGUUUUUAAUUUGUGAAAAUAACCAUGUACUCCUUACUUUUCACUAAUAUCUCACUGCUAUCUGUUGGUCUAUCGCGUCAAGUAAAAUAAAACUGGCGAAAUAGUGCCUUAAAGGCGAGUGACACAUGCAGUUGCUUCUGAAUAUCAAGCAACUGUUCCGACCAUUAUGAGCCCUUCCCUUUACAUUUUAAAUUUAAACCAAGGGAUAAUUGGAUUCAAUCUAAUUUAGUUCUCUGGAGCGGCUUGGGUCACCGGUUGUGUGAAAUUAAAAUUUCCGGCAGCACUUGAAAGCAGCGGGAGUCCUCCCAGUCGAAUCUGGCUGACGUGCCGAUUCGGAGCCGAGGAGCGAGGUUUCCUGGCGGAGCCACGGAGGGAGCAGGAGCCGAGAGGUUCUGUCAGUCGUUGGCCCAAGACGCCUUCUCUUCAGCACAACACCGGUGGCUAUGGCUCCAUCACUUUCCUCCUGAAGGGACGUUACUCCGUUGGAUGCUCCAGUAACCAUAGAGGAGGGAAAGAGGAGGAGGAGGAGUGGGCAUCCCUAUCAGUCUUUAACUAACAGGCUGACUCACCCCAGGAGUGCCCGAACACUUACGGAGAAGUUUCAGAGAACAUAAGAGUAAGGAACACUGUGAAAACCGAGCUCAAGAAGGAAGGUGGGGAGAAGAAAGAGGAGAGGGGAAGAGAGACGGACAACAGCAAGUGAAAGAGGAGUUGCAUAUGUGCUGUGACAAGGAGAAGAGAAAGUGACAGCUGGAAUAGAACGAGAACGCAAAAUAGUUCGUUACAGAGAACAGCACCGCCCAGCAAGUAAGGAGAGCAAAGGUGCUGAUCCCUUAAGAGAGGUUAAGCUGACCUCUAAGUUCAGAAAAAACCAAGCAUCCUGCUACCCCUCCAGCUGCUGUCUCAGAACGGUCACCACACUGGGAGAACUGGGAGAACUGGUGUUGAGGAGAAGCCACCAUGAGCGACCAGAACGUCGUCAAGGAAGGCUGGGUCCAGAAGAGAGGCGAAUACAUCAAGAACUGGCGACCACGUUACUUUUUGCUCAAGACAGAUGGGUCCUUCAUUGGAUACAAGGACAAACCACAGGACUCGGACCUGGCCUACCCACUCAACAACUUCUCUGUAGCAAAAUGUCAGUUGAUGAAGACAGAACGACCCAAACCAAACACCUUCAUCAUCCGCUGUCUGCAGUGGACCACUGUCAUCGAGAGGACCUUUCAUGUCGACACUCCUGAUGAGAGGGACGAGUGGGCCGAGGCCAUCCAGAUGGUAGCAGAAUCGCUGGCUAAGCAGGAGGAGGAAGGCAUCCUGUGUAGCCCAACUUCCCAGAUUGAGAACGUUAAUGAGGAGGAGAUGGACACCUCCAUCAGCCACUACAAACGAAAGACAAUGAAUGACUUUGACUAUCUGAAGCUUCUGGGUAAAGGCACAUUUGGAAAAGUCAUUCUAGUGAGGGAGAAGGCGAGUGGCACCUACUAUGCCAUGAAGAUCCUGAAGAAGGAAGUCAUUAUAGCCAAGGAUGAAGUUGCUCAUACGCUCACAGAAAGUAGAGUAUUGAAAAAUACUCGGCAUCCGUUCCUGACAUCUUUGAAAUACUCCUUCCAGACCAAGGAUCGGCUUUGCUUUGUGAUGGAAUACGUCAAUGGAGGAGAGCUGUUUUUUCACUUGUCAAGAGAGAGAGUGUUUUCAGAGGACCGCACUCGCUUUUAUGGUGCUGAGAUUGUCUCUGCUUUAGACUACCUUCAUUCUGCCAAGAUCGUCUACCGUGAUCUCAAACUGGAAAACCUCAUGUUAGACAAAGAUGGCCACAUCAAGAUCACUGACUUUGGUCUGUGUAAAGAAGGGAUUACCGACACUGCAACUAUGAAGACAUUCUGUGGAACACCGGAGUACCUUGCUCCUGAGGUUCUGGAGGAUAAUGACUACGGUCGAGCGGUGGACUGGUGGGGUUUAGGUGUAGUUACGUACGAGAUGAUGUGCGGCCGACUUCCAUUCUACAACCAGGACCACGAGAAGCUGUUUGAGCUCAUCCUGAUGGAAGAAAUCAAGUUUCCACGGACCCUGUCUGCUGAUGCUAAGUCACUGCUGUCAGGGCUGCUGAUCAAGGACCCCAACAAACGGCUGGGCGGCGGGCCGGAUGACGCUAAGGAGAUUAUGAGGCACAGCUUCUUCGGCACAAUCGAUUGGCAGGACGUGUACGACAAGAAGCUUGUCCCACCCUUCCAGCCGCAGGUCUCCUCAGAGACUGACACGCGCUACUUUGAUGAAGAGUUUACAGCACAGACCAUCACCAUCACUCCACCAGAAAAAUAUGACGAGGACGGGAUGGACGCAGCGGACAACGAGCGACGGCCUCAUUUCCCACAAUUCUCCUACUCAGCCAGUGGGCGGGAGUAAGCGCUUCGUCCCAGUCAGCCACUAUCGUCCCCAUUUGUGGCCAUUUUGAGGAAAACACGUAGCCAUUCUAGGAAAAAAAAAAUACCAGUCUCUCCUCUUUUUCUCCUUGUCUGCCUCGUCACAGAUGGGGAGAAGUCUUUGUAGGGACUUUAAAAGAGGUUUUUGCACAGUGGGAUAGACUUAAGCUGGUCUCCCCACACUAAAAAAAAAAGUCUCCUACAUUUUCAGCGCUAUUUACUGCAGAAGGCAAUGUUUUUGUUAUUUAUUUUUUUUCUCUUCAUCAGUAUUAAGUUGUUGAACCCAUGAUCUUUGCGAUGAUCUUUUUUUUUUUUUUUUUUGGUCAUUUCUGCCCUUUUUCUUCUUUUGACGUUUUUGCACUUGGUUUCGAAGAGCCGUUUUAGGGAACAAAAAACCAAAAAUGUUGCCUUAUGUGUGCAGAUGUUUUGUAUCAUGCAGACAGGGUGGUUUUGUUGUUGUCUGUUUUUCUUUAGGGAGAGGGCAGCCAGGUUUUGGCUCCUGAGGGAUUGCUCUUGGUUGAGGAUAAGUGCAUGACUCGAGGUUCACUCAUUUGGGAAAAAAAAACACUCUCAUACAUUUGUCAUGAUGGCACACAUCCCUAAUACCAUGGCAAUCAAAAUCAGCUAAAAAGUAAAAGAAAAAAAAAAAAGAGUCUGUACCAUUUCCUUCAUCGCUGCAGUGUCACUACUUUUUUAACGCACAAGAUCUACUUUAUGGUUCCUUAUUCUGAAACACUAAACUGCCGCACAGCUCACUCAGGCGCUACAGAGCACAAGCAGGUUCAGACUCAGCUAAGUGCUCCAGCUUUCCACAACCAACUCACCACUUCCCCUCCUCUUCUGUUUGCUCAUCUUCGCUGUAGGAAAAGGGGAAUGAAUGUUCCCACAGGGAAAUGUAGUUUAAAGUAUGUGUGUACUGUAUGUAUGUGGGACGCAGAUGCUGCCAUAGCACACAAACACACACUCACAACACACACACACCACAAACAUAGGUAUUUUCUGCUUCAGAUCAGACUGGCGUGAGCGGUCAACUCCAGAAUAAAUCACAUUUGGUGUUUUGUGAGACAAGGGUGUAGGGUUCCAAGCUCACCAGCAGGGAGAGUUCAGGCGAUACUGCAGUUCUCACAGAGACCAGUGAUUUUGAAUUUGGUUGUCUUAAGGUGAAUCUUGUUCAGAACACCAUCAGGAUUGGGUCUUUAUUUAUCACCCUAGAACUAGUUCAAUUUAAAUGAACAGUAUCUAAAGAUGCUGAAAUCAAGAUGUGAGGCAAUGACUUUCUAAGCAGCCUGCCACACACCUGAACAUGUCACAUGGCUUCACUGAUUCACAGUAGCUCUGUUCAGACAAACAUCCUUAUUUUAAUAAAUCAUCUCACAGUUUGCAUGUAGCUGCUGAAAUCUCUUUCCAGUCACUCGUCUUUACAGCUCGGGUCAGCUCAUGUUACUAAAUUCAAUUCUGUUUUUCUAAACAGGUCUGGACAAUUACGAAAUGUUUCUUAUUUAAUAAAAUCUCACUUUUUGCGAUCUGAGCCGAAAAGUAAAACAGAAUGUAUAAGUUAGUGGCUGCUUUAAGUUUCAUGUUUCUUUGAAUAUUUAAAGUAGUCACUAAACACAGGAUUAGAAGAUGCUUUCUGAUAAUUAUCCUGUGUUCCUCGUAUCUUCUAUGGAUGUGUAGUAGGCUUGGGCCUGUAUGAGAUUCUUGAUGUAUGUCAAGCUUUAGUAAAAUUACCACCGCUGCUCAGUAUUUACAGUCAGGCUGUCGGGUAGCCAGCCUGCAGCUCCAUAAUUGCCAGUGGUGUUAAUGUUAAAGUAUUGCUUUAAUAAGAGUGUGGCGCUCUUUAGUUUCCACUAUAUUACUGUUCGUGUUUUUCACAGAAUUAUUUUCAAACAGUUAAAUUUGUCUUUCUUGUAAGGCAGGGGAAAGUGUAAGAGCCCUCUUUCAGCCAGCUGCCCAGCAGUGUGCCACAGCAGGUUGAGGGAGAGGCAGUACUGCAUAGCUCUCUGCUGCAUACAGCUGGAGAAUACUUGAGACUGGACUCUCUUUCUCUGGCCUGCCACUAAAAGGACUUUAAACCGUAGAUUUUAGCAGUUUUGAAACCAGAGCUUUUAAAACCUUGAAACCGGUAACUUGAAAUGUGUUGAAAUGCUGGCCUAGAGGGUAAAGCAUUAGGAGCAGGGUUGCUUAUAAUGUGGACUAAUCAUUUGACACCAUUAUCUCUGUUUUUUCCCCACUAAAUAAAUGUACUAAAAUGAAAGAUUGUUUUUAAUGAUUCAGAGUGAGAUUAUGCUGCUGCACUAAAAUUGAGUUUAUGUCCAGGGUUUUUACGUGUCUUUACCCACGUACCCACCAACAGAUUUGUCAGCAUCUUUAACCACUCUGUACAAAACAUGUCAGAUCUGAUUUAUUCCUGGAGGAUACCGCCAUUGCAAACAUUAGGGUUCCUGCACAGCUCAUAAUUAACACCAAAUAUUUAGCUGCUGAAGCGAUUUAAGGGAGUUGGGAAGGACACUAUGACUGAAGCAUGAGAGGUUUUCUGCAGGAACUCUGAGCCGACAGCUGUGAAGCCAACCACACAGCAUGUUUUCAGUUUUAAUCAAGAGGAUACAUAUUUACACUCAAAUAACACAGAGACUGAUGUUAAUAUAAAAAAUAGGUGUAAAGAAAGUAAAAUUUAUCAAACAGAUGCAACAGUACACAGCAGGGGGUCCUGGUCCGUCUGUGCUGUCAGUAUUAUGAAAGAGGUUUAUUUACACACAUGUACAGAUCUGUACUGAGUAUCAAUGAAUCACAUAUAACAAGAAAACUGAGCCGUGAGACACUCAAACAUGAUGACUGUGAUGACUGCCAGAAAAAUGUCUCCAAACAUCUUGAUGUACAUAUGCAAUGCCUUUUUUUUCCCUUUUUCUUUGUUUUUUGUCCUUACAGACAAGGUGAAUAAUGCAACAACGGAAAAACAUUAAGAUUUUUUUUUUUAUUUCAAGGACAGUGUUUAACCACUAAUUGUUCAUUUUUUUUGGGUGAAUGAAUUUACUUUUUGUCACAUAAGGGGGAUGUUUCCAUGGAGACAAACCCCACCGCCUUCCUCUCAUCAUCAUGGUCCCUGAAAACGACCGACUCCUUAACCUUUUGAGGACAUCACUGUACCCAUGGAGUCUGCACUGAACCGCCAACGUCUGUUUUAUUUCACCGUCUCUGGAAAAAAAAUGCUGAAAGUGGGACCAUGGCCGGCUUUUUUUCUUUGUUUUUAAACAAUGGUGGUUUGAUCAGGUUGUUGCAAACUCACUAAUCCUUGCUCCCUUCGCUCCCAGUUUUUGUACCGUAGUGUUUGUUUUAUUUAUAUUUGUCAUUCUACACAGUGUUAUCUUGUAUGUUGUAAAAAAAAAAAAAAAAAAAGAAAACAAAAACAGGCACGUCUUGAAGGUCACUGAAAGGUGAUGAUGGAUUAACUGAAGUCUCUUUUUAUUCUUUUUGGUUCUUUUUCUGGGAUCAUUUGCUUGUUUGUUUUCUUACCAAAACAUUAGGGCAAGAACCCAGUAGUGGACUUGCAUUGCCGUGUUAGUAUUUAUUUUGAAUUAAAUUAAAAGAAGUAUG